AUGACCACUGCCCAGAGCCCGAGGAACCUACAACCGAGAGUGUCAUCAGCACAAUUUGUGAGAAGUUCUUCGCAAUCACCAGCGAGAGCCAGCCCCAGGCGAGAAGACCAUGUGCAAAACCCGACCGGACACCCAAGCCCUUCCUACACCCCACGGAUACCAACUCCUACGAGACCGUCGUCAAUAACAUCGGUGAGACCACAGUCCUCGCAGUCACCGGCGUCCGGAGGAGAACAGGGAAUGCCCUCGUCCGUACGAGACAAACCUGCCCCAAACCCAGCUGGUUCCUCACGCCAUUCCAACUACCCACCGAGCCGAACAUCGCCGAGACUUUCAUCAGUACCACAGACAAGACCACAAUCCUCACAGUCACCGGCGUCCGGAGGAGAAUGGGAAAUUUCCAUGUCUAGGCGAGACGACUCUGUUCAGAACCCGAUAGAAACCCAACGCAGUGCCUACUACCAGCAAAACUGUUCGGUAGAACUAGCUGAAAGAAGUGCUUCUCAGUCAACAUUAUCUAGAGAGGAACAUAGAAUACCCACCUCUUUGAACCCGAUGCAACCACCAUCUUCCAACCAUCCACCCCCACGGAGGAGCAAAAGGACGACAAAAAGGAGUGCAGUAAGGUGCACAUCGGACGUAUCGGAAUCAUCGGACUGUGGGUCGGACGCGCCUUCAUACUCUAGUGGCAGCGGUAGGCGGAGAAAAUCCGGACGACUGGACGAGAUGGCUGCAAGGAUGCACGCAGAGUUGGAAACAUUUUUCUUCUAG